UCGCGUAUAAAUUCCGUCACAACUCACAACAAAUACAUAUAUAUCUCGUUUAAAUCAUAAACCUGGACUGUAAACAUCCUUCAUCGCUUAGUCCACAGCACCAGUUUGUUUGAUUUCCCCGCCGUCAUGGUAGCUAAACCACUUAUCGCCGAGCUCGUUGCUCUUACAGAGAAGAAGAUGGACAUGACACUAGAUGAUAUAAUCAAAAUGUCUAAAAACCCUAAAGUUACAAAGCAAAUUAGGGUUUCGAACAAGAGCAAAAAGUUUACAAACACUUUUGCACAAGAUAAAUCUUUGAAGGCGCGGCGUUAUAUGGAGUCGAGAUCUUCUCUUAGACAAGGAGUUCUUGCAAAAAGAAGGUCGAGUUUUCAAGGAAAUCAAUUUCCCCUUGCAACUGAGGUAGCACGUAAAGUUGUUGCUGCUCCUCUGCACUAUGGAUUUGCUAACUGUAAUAAGAUGGCUAACUGGAAUAAACCAAGGUUCCAGGUUCCUGUGAAUCAGAGAAGAGCUGCUAAUGGAGGUUUUGCUGCUAAGCCACUACCUCAAUAUCAUCAGCAGCAGCAACAACAUCAACAUCAUUAUCAGCCGCAGGAUGUCAAUAUAAAAAAGCCUAAUAAUCAAAGGCCUCAUACAUUGGAUUCACUGUUUGCAAAUAUGAAGGAGCAAAGAAUGAAAGCUUUCUCAAGGCAGAACAAUGCUGUGCAGCACAAUGGAGCUGGUAACGGGAGGCCUCAAUGGGGAAGAGGCCGAUAUGGCAACUGACAAGAUGACGUCUUUCAUGGUGUCAGUCACUUUUAGUAUAGUAGUAUGCUUUGCCGGCUAGAUUUCUAUUCCUAGCAGGCUAGCUGUAUCAUUUGAACUCAGUAUUACUUUGUAUUCAUUUGGCUAUCAUUGUACAGUUCACUUUUUCUUGUGUGGCAUUUGCUUUAACUCUGA